ACUGGGGCGAGACGAGGGGCGUUGGUGGGGACGCUGGGCGGCCUCCAGGCGGCCAGCUGACCCUCAGGGCCGCGCGGGCUCCGGCUCCGAGCGUGGUGGGCCAACCGGGGCGCGCCCGGGCCUGGACGCUCCCUGACCGUGCUGACUGAGCCCCCAGGCCCCUGACGUUUAUGGGGUCGCAGACGAAGAAGGUGCUGCUCACACCCCUCAUGCGUCCCGCUCGCCCCUUCCGGGUCUCCAACCAUGACAGGAGCAGCCGCCGAGGGGUGACCGCCAGCAGCCUGCAGGAGCUCCUCACCAAGACCCUGGAUGCCCUGGUUAUUGCCAGCGGACUGGUCACGUUGGUGUUGGAGGAGGACGGCACCGUGGUGGACACGGAGGCGUUCUUCCAGACCCUGGGGGACAACACGCACCUCAUGGUCCUGGAGAAGGGACAGAAGUGGACACCGGGUGCUACCUACAUCCCAGCCCGCCAGCCGCCAAAGAGACAGGGGAUCGCGAGAGUAACCUUCGACUUGUACAAGCUGAACCCCAAGGAUGUCAUCGGCUGCCUCAACGUGAAAGCCACUAUGUACGAGAUGUACUCGGUGUCCUACGACAUCCAUUGCCCGGGGCUCAAGGCCCUGCUGAGGAGCCUGCUGUUGUUCCUGUCUCACACCGCCCAAAUGACCGGUCAGUGUCUCGUCCACACGGGCACCUACAUGCUCCGAGUGCUGGCUGACACAGAGGAGCGGGCGGUGCCCAGCCCGCGCCCUCGCCGGGGGAUCACGAGUGGAUAGGGGUGCACAGUGCGGAGUCUCCGCUGACCUCAACCCCGCAGGUCCCUCUCCAGGGACGCGUUCGGAAGACGCUGUGUUCCCACCACGUGUCCCCUGCUCAGGAAAGAAAAGGGGCCUGAGGGCACUGCCAGGGGCCAGGCGGUGGAGGCCCCCUGGGUGGGGAUGGGGUGGGGGGAUGCGGGCAGCAUGAGGCCUGCGGCUCCACAAUAAACCAGUCAAGAGAGUCGCUGUGAUACCGCACUUCUUCCUCCUGUCUUCUUCAUGUCAGAAAAGCACACCUCACAGAAGCAAAACUCAGCCAGAGAUGCUCUGCUAACACGUGCAAUCACUUUUAAGUCUGUCAGGAGACAGGAGGGUCAGAUGUUAUUGUGGGGUUUUAUGUCGGUCCUGAAUGAGCCCAGUGACCUGAGAGCCUGUGACUCUGAAUUUUUGGAGGUGAUCAAGCCGCACUGGCAACCUUUCCUUAAAACAAAGCUGCUCCAAAGUGGGGCCUGAUGCAGGACGGGCGUGGCCGAGUCAGGCGGGACCCCAGGCCACGAGGGACGCGGGCUGAGCCCCAACCACACGGCUCGGGAGGGGGCAGUGCGGCUCCCGGGGGGAAAACGGAGCGCCGCUGCUAGACUAGGAGACCCGCAGGAGCCAGGUGCCAUUCGGAUCUGUGGUUUUCCUCCUAAGAAACGCUGCCACAGAGGCCUGUCCCCUUCCUGACUGACAACCCAGGACAGUGGGAGACACCACAGCUUGUCCCAGAAGCACAGAACCGCCUGCAGUCAGACCCCUGGGCCCGGACUCGUGGUCCCCCGCCCCCGCCCCCAUCACAGCCUGGAUCCCCUCGGACCCCUGCUAUGCCGACCUGACUCCCACCCAUUCCCUGCUUCACACGCCCAGCAGCAGGGCUGGGAGCCCAGGACCUCAGGCAGGAGGGGCAGAAGUAAAGGAAUUGCAGCCGCAUUCCUCAGAGCAGAGCCUCUUUUUCAAACAGAGCAAAAUAAAAAAGGCAUCUCAGGGCCCCCCUUCCCCUCCUGCUCGGCUUCUGGGGGAAAUGCAGCGGGGGGUGGGGGGGAGGUUGGCGGAGGUGGGUGGUGCUGCCACCGGCUCCGCGGGCUCUGCUGUGAGCGCUUCCCUUACAAGGAGCUCGGCUGGAAGCCCUUCCAGAGCGAGGGAGGAGGACGGAAAUGGCUUUCCGGCACCUUCCGCUGGGCGGCUCCUGCCUCUCACUGACCAAGGGCUGCAUCACUUCCCAGGGAUUUGGCCUCCUGGAGAGGGGCGGCCCGGCUUCCAAAAAAGGAAUUUUCCCUCAGUGCCCUGAUGCCUUGACUCAGCCCUCUCUCUGACUCAGCGCCCUUUCCCCCUUUCCUUACUGCGUCCAGGGGCUCCCUGGCCUGUUCUAAGGGGGAUUAAGCAGGAGGAGAAUGUGGAACUGACAGGGGUCUUAGAAGCGGGUUACAGUCAGAAGAAGGACGACUUAGAGUCUGGGAGUUUCUGAACGAGCUCCUCCACAACAGCCUGCAUCCGCCCAUGGGCCUCCUGUCUCCCGCUCCUGUGUGAUGAAUAAAUUGUGUGCAAAAAGGACA